GCCGCCAUUACCCAUCGCGAUCGACCUGAUUGGAUACACGGAAUAACGUGAGCCGGCAGCCGGAUUAGUAAGCAAACCCAAGAUACACGUGAGCCCCUGUGCCCUAAGAAGAAGCUUGAAUGCAAACCAGGAACGAACCCCUUUAUUUAUUUCAUUUUACCCUACUACCAACGGCAUGCGCAAGCACGUUUCUUGCGAGAGAUAAGAAAUCAAUAUGAAGCAGAGAAAUUCGGAGGCGUCUUUGAUGGGCAGACGACCAGAUCCCACCCAGUCAGUCACGAUGACGACUACGGAGUAGCUACCAAAGCAAGAGACCGGAGUCUGGGCUGGGCGUGCACCAGACGAAGGCUAACACGCUAACCACGGAGCAACUUUGCGGCUGAUAGGAUAGGCAGUUCGUUCAAUUCUUCACGCAGCUCUCAACAAAUCACGGCGGUGCUCAGUCACAUUUUUUCUGACUAGCUGAAUGUAGUACGCUUCCAGGCACGUACGUUGGGCAUCCAACAAAUGUCUCCGUGAAACAUCCCAUCCGAGAAAGGUCCUGAUUCGAAGGAACGCGUGUGAGCAUCGAAACAAAUUCCGAAGCGGACAUUGGGCUGCACUCAGGCUUAUUUAUUAUAUCCCUCUCCUCACAGGCGCGGAUGAACUUUGGGAAAAAUAUACGCCAUUGUUGCUUGGUUGAUUCUCCUACUUCUCUGUAAUACUUUGUGUGUUUUCUUGGAAUAUUCUUCCGAUGGUCAAAAUACGACGAUUUUUUUUUUUGAUUUCUAUCCUGCAUUUGUGAGAAUUGCUAUAACUCCCAUCUUAUUUCGAUUAAAAUAUUUCAUUCAAGACCUUUAAACUAGCCAUGUCUACCACAUCCCCAUGGCCGUCGGCGUUCCAUCCUCGCGCAAUGGAUUUCAAUAGCCCAACCCCGCUGGACUUCAUCCGCGGCAAAACAAUUCUGCUUACUGGUGGCGCGUCCGGAUUUGGCGCCGCAUUUUUCUCCCGUUGGGCUGCCGAAGGCGCAACAGUGAUAAUGGGUGACAUCAACACGGCAUCGGGGAACCAACUCGUCAAACGGGUUCGCGAAGAAACCAAAAACCCAAAUUUACACUUCUUGCCCCUGGACGUAACCUCCUGGGAGUCCCAAGUCGAGUUUUUCCGUGAAGCUGUGAAACUUAGUCCGCAUGGCGGGAUCGAUACAGUCGUAGCCAACGCGGGCAUCAACAAAAUGAAAGAGUCUAAAUAUUUCGAAGAGCCACCAGUAGACUACCUUAAUGAUCCCAACCCACCCGCUCCGAGAUUCUCCACUAUCGACGUAAAUCUGACCGGAACCCUAUAUACCACUCACCUAGCUUUAUUCUACUUGCCCCGCAACCCAGGAUCGACGCCAUGCUCCCCGGCAUCUUCAGAAUUUACUACUCACCUUCCAGCAAACACGGAAAGGGACAGACACAUACUCCUCCUAGGCUCCGUGGCAAGUAUCCUGCCUCUACCCUCCCAAGCCCCUUACUGCAUCUCUAAACACGGUGUGAUGGGUCUUUUCCGCUCCCUGCGCGCCACAACCCCUCUGAGAGAUGGGAUACGCGUAAACAUGCUCUGUCCUUAUUUUACCGAGACACCCAUUAUCGGCGUUGGCGGCAAAGCAAUCUUAUCUGGCGUCGCACUGACGGAUAUUAAUCAUGUCUGUGAUGCGGCGACGCGCUUCGUGGCCGAUCCUAGGUGCGUAGGACGCAGCGUUGUCAUCGCGCCAAAGCUCCGGGUUAGGUCCCCUUUAUCUGGGCCCAGUCCCAGUGGCAGAUCGGAAAGGGAAGAGGAACGAAUCCCAGGUGUGGGUGGGAUGAAGGGCAUCCCUAAUAUGGAGGAUAUAUACGAUCUUCCCACGAAUGCUGCGAAUGGUGGGCGGCAAUCUGAAGCGAAAGUUGGCGGCGGGGGUGGAAUGGAGGUAAGGGAGAUAGCCAUUUGGGAAUUUUACGCACAUGAUUUUGAUGACGCGGAACUAUUUUCGCGGAGGAUGAUCGGCAUUUUAUUGAUGGCGGCAAGGAUAAGGGGUUGGUGGUUGUUUGUGGUGGAUCUAUGGGACGGAUUCACCAUGGUGCUGAAGAAAGCGUUUGGUGGUGCCGGCAAGCAACCUGGCAGUGACAAGAGAAAGAAAAACAUUUAGGGACCUCGGAGGAAGAGGGAAAUUUUUAGUUUCAGUCAUUGUCUUUUUGUGGCCCUCCUUUUUUCCUAAGAUUUACUCUCGUUGCUGGUUUGUUCCGUGUAAUUUUAAGCCGUCUUGUCGUGUUUCCAUUUUGCCAUUAAAUACUCCUCCUCUUCCCACCUAAAACGGAUUCUUUUCUAAUCGCACAAUAUCUAGGUCGUUGCUCUACGUAAUGAAGUCUAUAUUGCUGAGCCAAACUAACUGAUAUUAUACAUAUAAAUAUUGGGAUACUCCGCUCAUUAUCUUUCG